AGCUUCCGUGCAUUCCAUAAAUUUCGACCCUUUGACUGUGAGCUUUAUUUUUCUCUCUCUCUGAAAAAAAAAGAGUCCUUUCAGAAUCUCUCUUUCUCUCUUUGGAGCUUAAGGAUUGGAGCAAUUUAGAAGUUGGGUUGGGUUUUUCUUUCUUGAUUUGGAAUUUGGGUUUCUUCUCCUUUAUUCUUUUCUGGUUCCUGCGUAGGUUGUGUUGGGAGAGUUACAAGAAAAAGUGAAUCGUGGCUAGUUGCAGUGAAAAAGAAACAGCAUGCGGUGGUGGUUGACACUAUCUGUUGAUGUGUUUCGAAAAGUUAUCUCCUUGAACUUGUAUUGUAGAGUGAUUCUGUAAUUCCAUAUUCUAGAUCAUCAAGAUCCCUCCUUUUUUAACUCGGUAGUCUUACUAUUCCAUCUUCCAUGGGAUCCACUUUUUUCAUUGUCGUUCCAUGUUAUGUCCGCCAGAUUAGCUGAAAACUGUCAAAACGUCUCUCAAAUUUCUAAUCCAAGGGUUAUCAUCUCAAUUUGGUAGGCCAAGUUUUUUGUAGUAGUAGUUGUUGUUGUUCAGUUUUAUUGCUUUGGAUUACGGAUUACUGGUUUCGAAUACGGUGCCGUCUGGAAGAUCCUCUUUUUUCUGCCAUAUUGAAGGGUUGGGACGUAGUUAUGGUGUGCCAAGCAGCGAGCCAAACAAGAUUCCGGGCAUUGAAGUACGAAAAUGGUAUUGCAGGGAGUGCCACCAUUGUAGUUAGAGUUAUAGCAUGCUUUCAACCUCUUCAGGAUUGCCAGGCUGAAUAUUUCCGUCAUUUGCUUAAGCCCCACUCGACUUCUGGUGAUUGUUCUGGUUGGAUGGGAGAAGGCUGUGGAUCCUGGUUUCCUCAGCAGCAAUUUGAUUGGCAAUCACCCAACUUCAAUUCUUUGGCUGCUCCACAUCCUCUGGUGCAGCAAAAUACUAAUCCUCAAUUCAUAAACCCUGGCACUAAUAUGGUCGCCACCACUGGGGCUUUGCCAGUUAAUGCAAAUCCUGGAUUAUCUCACUUGCGGGUUGGCCAAGUUAAUGAACCUCGUGGCUGGUUUUACUGUUUACCCCACUUUCACCAGGUGUUUGCACCUGCAUCAAACACUCAAUUGAAAGAGCAACUCCCAGCGAACCCUUAUGAACAUCAUAGGGAGAACAUUAUCCCAAAGGCAGGAGCUGGGUGUGCUCAGAAGAGAUUCCUUGUUUUUGAUCAAUCUGGUGAUCAAACUACCAUGAUCUUUAGUUCUGCUUUUGGGACUCCUAUCAAGUGCCUGACAUCUUGGGGUCCAAAAUCUCCUGGUGCUUGUAACUUUAAGGGGGAAGAUCCCAUAUCUAAAGCAAACCUGAAUCUUCAGUCUGGACCAAUAUCGACAGAUUUAUUUGAUGACAAGGGGACUGAUGUGCAAAGUGAAAUGCAUGAGGACACUGAAGAACUCAAUGCCUUGCUUUACUCGGAUGAUGAUAGUGAUUAUACUGAGGAUGAAGAAGUAACGAGCACUGGUCAUUCUCCUAGUACUAUGACAGCUCACGAUGAGCAAUUUGAGGGAGGCACUGAAGAGGUUGCUAGUUCUACUGGACCUACUAAAAAGCGGAAAUUGAUUGACGGGGGUAAUGAUUAUGUGCCGUUGCUUGUGGAUAUUGCUAGUUCAAUCAAUCCAAACAGAUGUUCUGAGUAUGAGGAUGAUGCAGAUUCUGGCUGUGCUUUUGGCCAAAAUCUGGGAUUUGGCGAUAUGGAUUUAUCUUCAGGCAACAAGAGAAUGAGAAAGGAGAAAAUUCGUGAGACGGUGAGUGUUUUGCGAAGCAUAAUUCCUGGUGGAGAGGGCAAAGAUGCAAUUGCGGUACUUGAUGAAGCUAUUGAUUACCUGAAAUCCCUGAAACUCAAAGCCAAAGCAUUUGGACUUAGUACUCUCUGAGUUGCCACAGUUCUUAUUAGUAGUGUUAGUGGUAGCAUCUGUCAUAAUUAGUCAUUGUGCAUUAGACAUUGUUAAUUAAUGGAGCUUGUCAAAUAAGCGAGGUAUGUACAGUUGUGCAUGGAGUUGCAUAUAAUUUGGAGUCUUGCAGCGAAGGAGCUGAAAUCAGAAGAUAGUGGAGAGAGAACUUGAACCCUUCCUCCUUUGAUUAAGUCUUUCUCCAAUGAUUUGAGUUGGAAACCAGUAGCUUUGGCUUGAGAUCUCUCUAUUUUUCUAGAGAAAGCAGGAUACUGCAGUAUAUUAAUGUCCCAAUAAAGGAAAGGUGAAUCAUUAGUCUACGUUUUGGGGUUUAGAGAAAGUAACACUCGCAUCUGGGCAUGAGGCUUUGGAUGUGUGAAUGAGAAGACUGGUUGUGGGAGAGGGUACCCUCAUAAAGGGAUUAAGUGCACGCCCCUUGGUGUUUGGGUCCCAAUCUUCACUUUCCUCUCCCUUUUGUAUUCUUGUCAAGUUUUAUCCUUGUGGGUUCGCUUUCUUUGAUGUAGAAAAUUGCACGAGCAAAGAGCCUUCUCCAAUUUCAUCAUGCAACAACUUGCCGGAAGGGGCCCCAGAUCACCAUCUCUCUCAUCUCCCAUUGGCCUUGUGUUUUGUAUUUGCGUGUGAGUGCAACGAUGGUUAUGCAAAUGUUUUCCUUUUGUUCGGUAUGAUGUGUAGUAGUUUAUUUCUUUUCCCCCCUUUUCGUGAUACUUUUAAUUUGAUUGUGGAAAGACAACUUUUUAUGUGUUUUGUAUGCUGCCAUCAUGGGGUUAUGUAUGGUGUUUUUCCUUGUUAAA